AUGGCAUCACCAUUCUACUCCUACACAAUCGCUACUUUCACCCGGGGCCUCGAGACUCUUGAUUACAUCCUGAGAAAAGGCGAGCAACAUGCAGAGGAACACAACAUCCCUCUCAGUGAACUUCUUCAUGCUCGAAUCACGGAAGAUAUGCAGCCUCUGGCCUUCCAGGUUGUCACAGCCACAAACAAUAUCGGGAAAGCCCUCGCCCGACUUGCCUCUGUGGACAUCCCACCUCAAUACCCACCAGACGAAACCUACCAGGAACUGUACAGCCGCAUCGAGAAAUACGUCGUCGAACUAAGGGCUGUUGACGCAGACAUGUGUGCUGGAAGAGAGGGGAAGGCUUUCGAGGCGCCAAUUGGCACUCAAACGUACCAGUACACCCUUGAAGAGUACUCGGUGCGAUUCUCGAUACCGAACUUCUAUUUCCACCUUGUGACCGCAUACGAUAUAUUGAGAGCAAAAGGGGUGAACAUCGGGAAACUGGAUUUUCUAGCGCAAUUCACGGCUUGA